AUGAGGACGACAACCGAAAACUAUGCGAUGGAUUCUUAUCAAAACCUUUUGUUCUCGAUUGCGCGCUUCCAAGAAUUCACAGGGCACUUCCCAACCAAGAUUACCAUCGUCGGAUACGAGUUCAAGAGACAAAGAUUUACAGAACUGCAUCGAAAAGCUAUAAAAUGGCCUAGAAAUAAGUUCUACUACGUGGGAGUAGAUCCAAACCAUGAUGGUGGCACGAACGCGAUAGAGGGAGAGAAAAAGAAUGGGUACCUCCCAUACAGCCUCGACUUAUAUGGGUGUCAUUCAUUAUUAAUCAAUAAGCGCCGCUCACGGAAUCCCUUCGCAAGAUAUCAUCCCUACCAUACUUCGUCUCCCGAAAUCGCAUCAUUGCUUGAUUGGUGUCCCGGCGAUGCUGAAGGCGGGGAAGAUACCUUAUUCGAAGGAGAUCUUCCGUGGGCCAAAAUUCAAAAGACCAUCUCUCGCGACACUUGA